GAUUUCACAAAUUCCCGGAAACGGAGGGAGGAGGGAGGCCCAAAUCUUGUUGCCGGAGGGAGCCAGGAGGAAUCACUCUUUGAGAUUUGAAAGCUCGUGUUUUGAAAGCUGGAGUCGAAAGUGUUUCCCAACUUGCCUUCUCCAUGGAUGAACUGCAGCGGGCCAUGCGCAGAUCCCUAGAAGAUCUGAAGAAGUGGCUCUCUUUCACCAAGCCAUGGAGCAAGACCCAUUUCUGGUGUGCAGCUGUCAUCGUCCUCCAAUGCCUUCUGUGGAUCACUAUGCUCCUUUCGGAUCAACCGCGGGCAGUUUUGGAGCCAGAAUGCGACCGAGCCCAACUGCAGGCUGAGGUGGAAUCUCUGAAGGAACAGCUGGGAGCCGUGAAAAAGGAGAUGGAGAAAGAGAGAAUGGAGAGCGACAGGCAACUGGUCGCUACAAACCGGACCCUCAGGAAGACCAAGAUGGAUUUGGAGAAAGCGAUUAAGGGCAGCAGUGAUCUGCAGACCCAGCUGGCGGCUGCCAACCAGAGCCUGGGCGAGACGCAACAGCGCUGGAUGUCCUGCCAAGCGCAACUGGACAGCACAAAAGGAAAAACUGCGUCUCUGGAGAAGGAAAGGAACAAUCUACAGCCAGGAGAACCAGAAGCUCCAAGAGGGCGUCUUUGCACCCCGCUGGGGGACAGAGACAAACUCUGCACUGCUUUGCAAGCUGAUUGGUUUAUCCAGGGGAACUCAGCUCCACAUGGGCAGCUGGAUGCCGUCCCCACCAAUGAGCGCCGGAUCCCGGGGAACGGCCUCUCCUGCCAGCGGAAUUGA